CAGACGGCGGUGUUCACCUCUCACGUCCGUUCAUCGUUACAUUUACAAGAGAAGAAGAAGAAGAGCGUAUUCACUUCCGUGUAAAAUUUCAUGAAUGACGACCACAGCUUCCCCAGUGUAGCUCGCUAACUAGUACCAACUUCGAGUAGUGUCGCUUGUUUGACAGUUGCCGCUACCGCCUGCUUGUUCUAAAAUGGAUUAUACUGCAACUCAAAGUGGGUUCAGACAGCGUAAGUUACAGCCCAGUAUGCGUCUAAGGAAUAGUCCAGGGGACAGUCCAGAUGGCAGUCAGCUGUUUGAGGAUACGAGCAGAGCUGGGCCUGGACCACAGGCAGGAUACAGGAACCAGCAGGCCGGCCCUCAAACUGCAGGAUUUCCUGGUCAGACCCUCCUGUCAGAGCCCAUGUCCAAUCUGGCCAUGGCAUAUGGCAGCUCGCUGGCAUCCCAGGGGAGAGAAAUGGUUGACAAGAACCUGGAUAGAUUCAUCCCAAUUUCCAAGCUAAAGUACUACUUUGCUGUGGACACAGUGUACGUCGGGAAGAAGCUGGGCCUUCUAGUUUUCCCAUAUAUGCACGAAAACUGGGAGGUGAGCUACCAGCAGGACACUCCUGUGGCUCCGCGCUUUGAUGUGAACGCUCCCGAUCUUUAUAUUCCUACCAUGGGCUUCAUCACAUACAUCCUGGUGGCCGGACUGGCCCUCGGCACACAGAGCAGGUUUUCACCAGAGCUGCUGGGAGUUCAGGCAAGCUCAGCUUUGGUGUGGUUAAUCAUGGAAGUCCUGGUGGUCCUCCUGUCACUCUACCUUGUCACUGUAAACACAGACCUCACCACUAUAGACCUGCUGGCCUUUGCUGGCUAUAAAUAUGUUGGGAUGAUUGUAGGCUUAGUGGCGGGCCUUUUGUUUGGGAAGCCGGCAUAUUAUCUGUCUCUGCUGUGGUGCUGUGCUGCCAUCUUUGUCUUCAUGAUACGCACUCUGCGUCUGAAGCUGUUGUCAGAAGCAGCAGCAGAAGGGAAGCUAGUGAGAGGAGCCAGAAACCAACUGAGGAUGUACCUCACCAUGGCUAUAGCAGCAGCACAGCCCAUUUUCAUGUACUGGCUCACUUUCCACCUCGUCAGAUAAAAACUCCAGCACUUGCACACAGAACUCGUCAUCUCACCUGACUAAAAUUUGAAAAAAGAAAAUAAACACAACAUACAUAUCAGAGAAGCUGGACUUGGAUGAAACACACAGCGACAUGAAGACUCCACGUACGUGUGGAGCUGAACAACACGCUACAAGACGACUUAGAGAAGAUGCGAGUCGUUACCGCCGUUUCACAGCACAGCCAUUUCAUUAGCAUUGCCUUUUUUAAGUCUUCGCAAUUUUGUAGCAAGAGCAAUUGGCUUUAAGUUUCUUUUUUUCUACUGUGUAAUUACUGCUUAAUUAUGUUUUU